AGCUGCUUGAAGAGGGCGCAUCAAGACUCACCAUCCUUGAGAGCAUUUUUAAAUUAAAUUUUUUUUUUUUGGGGCUUUACAUCUCUUUUAAAUCCUUUUUGACCAGAGAGAAGAAAGAUGAAACACACCAUAAUUAUCUCCCUGCUGCUUCUCCUGGGCACAUGCACGGUUACCACUGCUUUAAAAAAUCUGGCCUUGCGUGGGAAAGCGACUCAGUCAUUGAUCAUAGGCGCACCAUGGACAGGCUACGCUGCCGCUUCCAAUGCCAUCGAUGGAAACCGUGACUCUCAUGGCUCGGCUGGAUCGUGCAGUAAUACUCCCCAUCAGACAAACCCCUGGUGGAGGGUGGACCUGCUGGACUCCUACAUUAUCACAUCCAUCAUCAUCACAGUCAGAGGAGACUGCUGUGCAGAAUUGACCACUGGGGCAAAUAUCUACAUCUCAGACUCUCCUAUUCAAGAUCAGAGUACAAAAAAACCGGAUGGUACUGUUCCUGAGGUUCCAUUGGGUGAUUCUUUCACUCUGAAUUUUACCAGCAAAGUGGAGGGACGCUAUGUGACUGUGAAACUGGAGGGUCAUAGCAAGAUCCUUUCACUCUGCGAAGUGGAAGUCUAUGGGUAUCCUGCUGCGUCUGGAGAGAAUUUGGCACUCCAAGGACGAGCAACGCAGUCGUCAAUAUUUCAUCUUGGAAUCCCAAUUAAUGCCAUAGAUGGGAAUCAUGACACCGACUACGAACGAGGUUCCUGCAGUCACACACAAGACAACUUCAACCCCUGGUGGCGACUGGACCUGCUUAAAACCUAUAAGGUGGUUUCUGUCAGCAUCACUAACAGAGAUAUUCUACCAGAAAGAAUCAAUGGAGCUGAGAUCCGCAUUGGAAAUUCCCUCAACAACAAUGGCAACAACAAUCCCAGGUGUGCUGUGGUCUCGCACAUCGCUGGAGGUGUUACCAAAACCUUCCAGUGUGAUGGGAUGGUGGGUCGCUACGUCAACAUUGUCGUUCCAGGAAGAAAAGAGUACCUGACCCUGUGUGAGGUGGAGGUGUACGGCCACAGUCUGUUCUAGGUCUGAGGAGGCCGAGAAAUUCAAAAAACUCACUUUUUACAUUGAGUAAUGCUCUCAUGCAGGCUCUCACUGAUUGCAGUUAUUGAUUAAGCCUCAGUUUCUGGAUUGUCAAUAUGAAAACCAAUCAUGAUGGUAAUGAUGCUGGGGACAAAUAUUGCUGUGACAGAGCUGCCUGACUUCUGUGAUUCUACUGACCAUGAUGUAUCAUCGUAGAGCUGAUGGGUGUUGCAGCAUUGGAAAAUAA